UUGAUUAUUGUUUUUUUUUUCCUACCGUUUACAUACAUUUCAUCCCGUUGCUCCGCCGCUGGGUUUUGUUGUUUUGCCGACGACAAUUUUCUCGUCUGACCGACCGUGUGCGCCCGUCUUGCUGUCAGAUCGUCGCCAAACCCGUUUAAUUAUCGUUGUUCACAGUCAAAUUGGUCGGCAAAACCUUCGGCACGGCCGUUGCAGUCUACUGACACGUUCGGCGUGUGACUGCACGGGCCCGUUCCCUCCAAAUCGCCGUUCGUCCCGGCAACAUUCGGUGUGUGUGUGUGCGUGUGUGUAACGUAUCCUACCGCAGACAACAAAGGACCGCGGGUUGACCAAACCGGAGGCGCCAUGCCGCUCCUUCAUAAAAAACCGUUCACCAAAAACCCGGUCCCGAGGGGUCUUCGGGACACGGACGAAGUGUUCUACUGCGAGAUGACCAAAGAGAUUUUCCUCAAUUACGAACAUUACGUAGAAAGAAUAAUAUUGUGCAACUCAUUAGUAUGGUCUUGUGAACUUACUGGUAAAAAAAACAUGACCUACAAAGAAGCUUUAGAUUGUGAAUUAGAGUCCAAAAAAAUGUUAAAUGACUUUCCUAACGAGCUUCAAAAGCCAAUUUUAUUCUUAAUAUCUCUGACAAAAUGUUCUUCACUGAAAGAACUCAUUGAACAAAUAUUUAACUAUGUAAGAUAUCGUUAUUUUAUAUCUGAAAUUGUGGAAGUUGCUUUAGAACAAGAUCAGUGGUUGAAAUGUAGAGUUUUAGCUGUGCAUCCACCGUCUGAUCAGAAAGUAAUUGAACGAAAAAGUACCCCUAAGAAAUCAAAUGAUAGCAGUCCACCUGCAACUCAUUCGUUUUAUAGUUAUGAUGUUGAAAAACUAUGUUCAACAAAAGUAGGCAAUCCUAAUACACAGCCAAUAUACCGAGUAGACGCUGUUCAAAUAAAAAGAUCAAAAAAUUGUUUCACAAGAGACCGAUGCAGGUUUUUCAUUACUCAUAAUGUUGAGUUUAAAAAUGGUCUGCUUUUAUUAAAGGAAAGCAUUGUAACUCAAAUUUCUGAUUUGAAGUUUGAUGAUAUAUUUAGUGGAGAUGUACCCAAAUUUUCUGAAACUAAAAAGAACAAAGUAUUAGCUAAGAAUGGUUUAAUUAAAAAACAUGAGUUAAUAAAUGGAGAAACAUCAAAGAAAAAUGAAAAGUCACUGCAAGAAGUAGCUGAAAAAAUUAAAGAAGAAAAGUUAAGAGUGAAAGAAAAGAGGAAAGAAGAAAAAGAAAAACUUGCUAAAUUCAUGAAAGAAUGGAGUAAAAAGAAAGAAGACCUUGAACUAGAAGAUUUGAAAGAUUUACCAGUCGCCAAACCUGUAAACUUGAAAAUUCCUAAUAAACUUUUUGGAGAUUUCGUUAUGAUAUAUGAGUUUUUCCAAAAUUUUUGGUCUCAGCUGGACGCAGGUAGUUAUUUUCCCCAAGGCUUAAGCAUAGAACUGCUGGAAAGAUGUAUGGUCGAACAAGAAAUUGCCGGGCCUUUAAAUACACUCGUUCAAGUAUUACUUACGACAAUAUUCGACCUUGAGGAAGAUGAAGAAGCUGAUAUGAAAGACAGUCAUAUUUCAGGUUGGGAACCUGUUUACAAUCUUGGAGAUGACAAAACUCGUAAUGCAAUAAAGUCUGCAACUAAUGUAAGGAAUUGGACUAUGAGUCACCUCGGACAACAGUUAAACAAAAUAACACUACUUCCAACAGUUAUUUCUGAAGUAUUGAGACUUCAUUUGCUCUCUUCUGGGGGAAAACAUUCUGACAGAAUGGCCAAGUGGAUAUAUCAAGAAAGAGGAAACUACUGUCCAACCGAUGAUCCCGGACUUACAAUUAGAUUACAGCGUCCGGAUUUAUUAGAAUCGCUUAGCCACCAUCAUAUUUCUUGUCUAUCGAUAGCGGACAAAAUGACAAUCGUAAAUUGUCUUAUGAGUCAAAUAUUGACAUUUUCGUCUUACCGAAUACAACUACAAAACACUGUAAUUAAGACGAAAAAUGCUAGGUUGGAAGUAAGAAGUGCCCUGGCAGCCGAAAAGAAAAAGUCUCUUGAAAUUAUUCAAAAGAAAAAAGAAAUGAAACUACUCAAUGGUGACUCUCAUAAUGUAGAAUCUGACCAAAAAGCUAUUGAAGCUAAACAACUCGAAUGGAACAAAAAGCUUAGCGAACUCAGCGAGUUAGGUAUGACUGCUCAAAUAUUGCCCCUUGGCACCGAUCGAGCAUUCAGAAGAUAUUGGAUAUUUGCUUCAAUGCCUGGACUAUUUGUUGAAGACAAUGAGCUAAACCCAGGAUCUUGCUUACCUGAUGGUACUCCAGCGAGCAACAUAACGGAUAGGGACACAGUGACUUACGUAAAACGAUUAUUUGAAAUGAACGAAAAAGAAAAUGUUGACGAAACAAGAGCCAGCUUGUCCAAUACCCCUUUGAGAAAAAAACUGGUUGACAGUAUGAACAAUUCUUCAUUUAUGAGUAACGGUAGUUUUAGAGAAGAUCAGAAAAAGUCGACGCUCAGUUGUUGGGGUCCUGAUAACAAUUGUCCGGUGCACAAUGAAAACAAUGAAAGACUUACGUGGGGCUACUACAACAGUCCCGAAGAAUUGGAAUCUCUUCUUGAAAAUUUAAAUUCCAGGGGUUUGAGAGAAAGUGAACUAAAAAAAACUAUAUCAUUUGAAAAGCAUCGUAUAAUAUCUAGCAUGGAAAAAUGCACCAAUUGUCUUUUAGACCCAUCUUUGAUGGUUGAGGAUGAUAAAAAAGUCCAAAAGCGUUUAAAAACAGAAUUUUCUGAAUUCAAAAAAGUAAAUGUCAAAUUUCUCCGUAUUGAUCCCGAUGUUGAUACAUCAUUGGAAUUAACUUUGAGAGAAUAUAUUUUAGAUUUAGAAAGAAGAUUAAACACAACAGCGCUUGGCAACUUAUCAAAUAUGAUACCCAAUCGUGAUGAAUGGAGAGAAAAUAUAUUGAAUGGUGUUUACGAAGUACAGGGUCAGUUAUCUUGGGGCGUUAGAAGUAAAGUGAAUACUGAUAACACUGAAAAAGCCAAUACACCAGAACCUUUUAGUUAUCAAGAUCCAAUUAAUUAUGUGGUCGACAGUGUUAAACCAGAACAGAAUAUCACCGAUUUGGCAUCUGUUAUUUUACAGAUCGAACAAUCAGUUGAACCGAAAUUCCUCAGAAGACCAUUAGGUUAUGAUAAAAAAGAGAAAAUGAGCAUCUCGGCAGUUAAUCCUAUGAUAGAUAAAUGGGAAAUGUCGCUGAUGAGUUCUGUAAAUUAUUCUCAAUUAUAUUUACAUUUAAUCACACUAGAAAAAAGUAUUGAAUGGUCAAAGUCCAUUAUGAAAGUUAAUUGUGUUUUGUGUAGAAGCAACAAAGAUGAAGACGUCAUGUUAUUGUGUGAUAAUUGUAAUAGAGGUCACCAUAUGUAUUGUUUGAGACCAAAACUAAAAAAAGUACCUUCAGGUGAUUGGUAUUGCCAAAAAUGCAAACCUCUUGCUAAAAAUCAACAAGAAGAGGACGAACCCGAAGAUAAAGUGAAAAUCGAUAUUUGUCAUAUAUGCAAAGAAGAAGGUUCGGUAAUAACUUGUGACGAUUGUUCAAAAAAUUAUCAUUUAUCUUGUUUAAAUCCACCUAAACGUGCACCGCCCAAGCGGAACUGGACGUGUUUCAACUGUAGACAAACAUCGUGUAAAGAUGAUUUGGAACAGAUUGAGGUUGAAAGGUAUAGCAGGCGAAAGAGCUCGCAGGCUGCCACUGCCAAAAUAUCUGAAUUUGCUCGACAGCUGUUGCAUGCAUCAGCCAGAUGUUAUGACGAAGAUGGUGUGACCGAAGAAAAAAGUCGAAGACGAGCAAGGCAUUCAGAAAAUACAGUGCUGACGACAUCUGGAGACUUGCCCCUAGACAACGCAUUGUUACAGUUGCUUCUGAAUCAAGUCAUGCACCAUCCAGAAGCUUGGCCGUUCUUACGACCCGUCACUAAGUCACAGUGUCCUGAUUAUCACAAUAUUAUUAAAAAUCCUAUGGAUUUAGGUACGGUCAAGUAUAAACUUAACAUGUUGUCGUACCGGACCAACGAAGAUCUACUGAGCGACAUGGAAUUGAUAUUUGAAAACUGCUUCUAUUACAAUUCAGAAACUUCAGAAGUUUACAAGUGUGGGGAGGAAGUAUAUAACUAUUAUAAAAAAUUAUGUCAAGAAUGUAACCUGAAAGAUUUUAGUGAAGAUGGUGAAUUCGAUGGACCUCCGACUAAAAAAUCAAAACAUAGUUUGUAGUUGAUAUGUAAUCUACGAGUUAAAAUCGAAAUUAUUUUCUCCUUGCAUACAAUUAUCUUAACUACUAAACAAUGAUGUAACUUUAUUUGCGUUGGAUCCGUCACUGAACUUGUUUUGUAUUCCUUCAAUGUAGCUUCUAACGUCCGAACUGUUGAUUCAUCUACCAGUGAGAUAUUUAGUAGUAAAAUAAAUAUAAGAGACAUACUUACAUGUUAGCUUUAAGAUAAUAGCUCAUAGUGAUCUAGGAGUAAGUUAAUUUUUAAUUUUAUUAUGUAAUUUAAUUAGAAUUAUUUUUUUUACUCUGCAAUGAUGAUGGUUUCCUCAAUGAAGUGGAAAAUUGUGAUUAUUUCUAUUGUUUUUAAUAGGUUUCUAAAUGUACAUAAUAAAUGCCUUACAUUCAAUUUAAAUUAUGAACAUUUACAUUAAUGUGUUAGUUUAUAACUAAUCAUUGUUGUAUUACCUUAUUACUAUUGUGAUUUUUUUUUUUUCGUUUACCUUUACAAAUUCAACAAAUAAAUGUAACAUAGACAUUAGACGUUUAACAAGCCUAAAAUUAUAGUAGUAUUUUGAUAAAACAAUUAAUUUUAUAAUAUACUUUUCGUAUGUUGGUUUUCAAAAAUGUUAUACUGUAUGUUCAAGAUAAGUUGAAUCAAACAU